AAUGACGGUGUGCCGUCAGACGGUGGCGCUGCGGGUCAGAGAACACACUGACGUCAAGGUGACUCAAAGUGCCACAAUACAGGGAAGUUACAGGUGGAACAACAGAAAGCUUCUCCUGUCAACGUCGAUCACUCCGCUGUUCUAUAACUUAUUCAGUCGAACACUGUAUUCCCGUUGAGAGGGCAUGUACCCCGUAGACCUUCCAGCUGUGGAUGACACUGACCUGACGUCAGCAUCUGAGCUGUACCUCUCUUCUUUGGAGUCAAGACCUCAUAAUAAUGAGUGGUUUCGAUUAUCACAGACUUCAGAGGUAGCGAUAACAGCAAACAAUGUAAGGCGGUUGCAGCUGUUUGAAGAUGACCAACCCGACUGUACACUGCUGGCACUUUACCCUCCUGAUGAUCCAAAGCAAGUGGUGGCUUUAUACCUGCAUGAGAAGUGGUGGUGUGUGGAUGACGUCUUACGAACGUCCAGCGAGUCCAGAAGUGGCUUGAUUUUGGUGCAGUCGAUUAUGGAAAGGGUGAUUGUGUUCCUGCUCAGUCAGGUAGUGGAGAGGUCCUCACAGGAGGAGGUGUUGUUCUCCCUGCACCCCCGCACAGAGAGCUGCAAACUGCUGUGGAGAGACAGCCAGGCGGUCGGCUUCUACACCAUCAAACACAAAGGCAGUCUGUGUGACGGCUGGAGCAGUCGCUGCUACCUGCUGCCUGCUCUGGACACAGUGCUGGUGAGGAGGAGCUGGAGGAGGAGAGGCUUUGGUCUUCAGAUGCUGGAAGACUUCUGCUCCUCGUUCUCCACAGAGCAGUUUCUGGGAGUCAGCUCUCCGUUAUCACCCAGCAUGGUGGCAGUAUGCAGGAGCUUUCUGCAGCAGCACAAGGAACAUCUGGAGCAUCUAUAUGAGGUGGAGGCUCCAGGGGGCUGGACUCAACGACGAAACAUCUGGCUCAGCAUCCGGCUAGGCCGCUACUCCCUCGGUAUUAAUGAGGAGAGUGGUCCAACAUCAGGAGAAACACAGAGGAAUGAAGGAGAUGACUCCUCUCAGAAGACCUACAGUUGUAGACUGGACCCGGCCUCAUUGAGCACCUGUAAUGUGAACAUUCCACUGGCAACGGGCUCUACUGUUCAACAAAUGAAACCUUGUGAUCCAAACCAAGGAGGAAGCUCCCCAAGCAGCAAGAUCUCUGGAACAGGAUGUAGUCCUGCAGCCUACGCUGAUGAUCUGGACUCUGGACCUCCCACCAGACCACCGCAGUCCCUAAACACAAGACAAGCGCUGAAGCACAAGCAUCGUCUAUCUUCAGAGCCUCAAAGAGACAAGCCAGAGCCAGAGAAAACACAAAGAAGUGCCAAACGAGUUAAAAGGACAUGAGGAUACAGACACAGGCAUUGUGUGCAACAGCAGGAACUGUUUAUACAGAUUAAGUUGAUGCUCUAUCCUCCUAACCUCCGGUGACCUUCGCACUUUAUUUGUGGAGUAAAGUUUACAGACAUUUUUGGAACGAUAUGUUGAUAAAUUGACAGUACAGUACAAUGUGAGUAAUAUCUCAAAGCAUGCAAUAAACGGUUUUACUACAA